AUCGUUUUUUACAUCACGAGACAAUGUUACCGUGCCACUAGUGGAAAUUCAAACAAUCGAUUUGUUGUAAGACGUGCUAAAGAGUAUGUAAUGGAUUGAUACACGAGCAUCUUCUGACGUCCUUAAACGCACCAACGUCAAUGUCAAAAGCGCCUUAAAUAACAUGCGUUCACUUGACGUCACAAUCAAAAGACGGUUUAUAUGAGCUAAUUUAGCGACGAAAUCAUAGGGUUUACAAGCACACAUUUAUCGACGAAAUGGGUGUCAUAGUCGCCGGCACAAAGAUGAUCCCACAAACUUGCGUAACCACACAUACGUCUCCCGUGUGGCCUGGCCCUUUUAGCACGUUUAAUGCUGUUGUGUCACAUUUGGGUAUAAAAUAGAUAUGUUCUCUUUUUAAAAGUACUAAUAUUGCUUCACACUGCGGUAAAGACAAUUUUCAGGAGAUACAUAAAAAACAACAACUUCCAUUUCACCUGCAAGUAGAAUUGGGAGAGACCUUGCACUAUAACUCCCGAGAGGUGAUGCCGGGUGUGCAAUCCCAGGGUACAAUUCGUGGCUCGAAUGACAGAGCAGCAAUAGGAUCCUCUUCUGCUCCCUCAAAGCCUGCCGCUCCUUCUAUGAGCACAAUGCUUGGAUCUGAAGGGAUAGAAACCUUGGACUUCUGGAGGUCUGUGGGUGCAGAAUUCCUGGCCAUGCUUCUAUUUGUGCUGCUAGGUGUUGGCUCCACCAUUUCAUGGCAUCCAGCACAAAAUUUUACUGUAAACGAUGCUUCUACUCCACCCAAAAACGUUGAUGUCAACAUCCAGGAAAACGUAGCCGCCCAGGUCCUUAUCUCGCUGUGCUUCGGCCUGUCCAUUGCCACCAUGGUGCAGUGCUUCGGCCACAUCAGUGGUGGACACAUCAACCCGGCCGUCACGAUGGCAAUGAUGGUGACUAGAAAAAUUGGCUUGGUAAAAGGGCUAUUGUAUGUGUUAGCCCAGUUAGUGGGAGGCGUAGCGGGAGCGGGGCUCCUCUUCUUCGUCACACCUGUUGAAAAAAGGGGGGGCUUCGGAGUCAGCACGGUGGGAACAGGCAUGGCUUUGGGAUCUGCCGUAGUUGUGGAGCUGCUGUUGACAUUUCAGCUGGUCUUCACCAUUUUUGCCACUUGUGACUCCAAACGCACGGACCUCGGGGGAUCUGCUAGCUUGGCCAUCGGUCUCUCUGUAACCAUUGGGCACUUAGUAGGGAUUCCUUACACAGGAGCCAGCAUGAACCCUGCUCGUUCCUUUGGCCCAGCAAUGGUCAAACUUAAUUUUGAUAACCACUGGGUGUACUGGGUGGGACCCAUCCUGGGUGCUGUCAUCGCUGCACUCCUCUAUCGGUACGUGUUCUUCCCCGAACGCGAUUUCAAACCCAGACCGAGGCAGGUCAUUCCCAAGGACCAAGCCGGCAACUACAGGGAGGUGAAGGAUGAUAUGGUCCUUAAGCCGGGCUCCUUGCAGCCGGUCAAGAAGAAGAAGAGAACCGAGAGAAAAGACCCACCGCCGACGAGAGAAGUGUUGUCCACCGUUUGAAAAGCCCACACUCUUGAGACCAACAAGUAGAGAACUUUUUUGGCCCCACGUUCAUUUGAGAUGAUUUAUCCUUGAGGCAGAAUGCCUUAGCAAUCCCAAAAUGCGUGCUCAUAAAUGUAUUCUCAGCCUCGAUACGACUCCUAAAGCGCUGAACAAUUAGAUCGCGUUGCCAUAUGUCAAGCAGACAGGCAGCCUUCAGUACAUUGACUGUACAUUCAACCAAUUGGAAUAAGAUCAUCACGUGUGAUGACUUAAAGAGAUUCGCAUAUGACAGCGUU